UACCCUCGGUAGUGACAGUGAGUGAGCCUCCCCUGUUCUUGUUUGGUUCCUAAAAGGCUAAAACCCUAACUCAAGGCUCCCUAAACCCAAGUUGAGGCCUUUAUUGCAACCUCACUUUCUCCGCACCGCAACCUCUCGCAGCCCCUUGCGCUUACUCGCACUCACAACCUCUCUCUCAGCAAGUUGCUUUGACAAAAUCAAUACCACUCAUUUUAAGAAGUCAUAUAUCCCCGUGGAAUUUUUGGUUGAGAAAAGAAGAAGGUGUGAAGAGAGAUGGGAAAGAAGAACAAAGUGAAGGAAAAUGGAGGCAAAGAGCAUUGCUCCUCGACACUUUUUGUCUCCAACUUGCCCUAUUCCUUUUCCAAUUCUCAGUUGGAGGAGACGUUCAGUGAGGUUGGACCUGUCAGGCGUUGUUUCAUAGUCACUCAGAAAGGGUCAGCCCAACAUCGUGGUUUUGGUUACGUCCAAUUUGCCGUCGAGGAAGAUGCUAACCGUGCUAUUGAGCUGAAGAAUGGUACAUCUGUUGAAGGCCGGAAAAUUGUAGUGAAGCAUGCAAUGCCUCGUCCUCCCUGUGAAGAACGGCAAUCAAAACCAAAUAAAGAGGGCAAGACAGAUGAUCUCACAAAGCCAAAAGACGAUGAUGAAGACAGCACAUUAUCUGGAGCAGAGAAGAACGUUUCAGUUUUGAAGGAAGAAGAAGUACAAGUCAGUAAACAAAAAAACAUGAGGAAGCCCACAGAAACGAAAAAAUCAGCUCUCUGUGAUGAUGUACCAGAUGAGGGUAGUUGCUCAGAAAAACAGAGGGUUGCUAGAACUGUUAUAUUUGGUGGUCUCAUAAAUUCCGAUAUGGCUGAAGAAGUUCACGGCAAAGCUAGAGAGAUUGGCACUGUGUGUUCAAUUAAGUACCCUCUUUCAAGGAAAGAUCUCGAGCAACAUGGUCUCCUGCAAGAUGGAUGCACUUUAGAUGCUUCAGCUGUGCUUUAUACAAGUGUAAAAUCAGCCCGAGCUUCUGUUGCAACGUUACAUAGAAAAGAGAUAGGAGGGGGAAACAUUUGGGUGCGCCAACUGGGUGGAGAGGGCUCCAAGACUCAGAAAUGGAAGCUUAUUGUCAGAAACCUUCCUUUCAAGGCAAAAGAAAAUGAAAUAAGAGAUAUGUUUUCAUCUGCAGGAUGUGUGUGGGAUGUAUUUAUUCCACAAAAGACAAACACAGAUCUGUCUAAGGGUUUUGCAUUUGUAAAGUUCACCUGCAAGCAAGAUGCGGAAAAAGCCAUUCAAAAGCUCAAUGGAUCAAAGUUUGCAAAACGACUCAUAGCUGUUGAUUGGGCUGUUUCAAAAAAGAUAUUUAGCAGUGAUACAAAUAAUGCUCUUGCCUCAGAGAAAGGACAACAAAACAUGAGUGAUGAGGAUAGUACCGAUGAAGAUUUUGAGCUUGUUGAUAAAAGAUCUGGUCAAGGAGAUAGUGAUACAGACUACUCUAGUGCCAUGGAGGAAGAAGGCACCCCUCCUGAAGAUAAUUUUGAUAAGGAAGCAGACAUUGCAAAAAAGGUUCUUAACAACUUGCUUACAUCCUCGAGUAAAGGAACAUCUGUAAACAAUGAUUCUAUGUUGAUCAAAGAAAACAAGGGAUCAAGAUCUGAUGAAAUUGUUAAGGAUGCAGAUGAAAAAGCAUCUAAUGAGUCUGAAAAGGUUUCAGGUGUUUCUAAGCCUGAAAUUUCCAGCAGAAACAGCUUAUUAAAUCCUAAGGGAACAGAAGAUGAUUUGCAGAGAACAGUUUUUAUAAGUAAUCUUCCCUUUGAAUGUGAUAAUGAAGAAGUGAAACAACGAUUUUCUGGAUUUGGGGAAAUAGAAUAUUUUGUUCCUGUUCUCCACCAAGUUACCAAGCGACCCAGAGGGACUGGUUUUCUAAAAUUUAAAACUGUAGAAGCAGCUAAUACUGUAAUUUCAACUGCCAGGGCUGCUUCUGGGAUGGGUAUUUUAUUGAAGGGUAGACCAUUAAAAGUUUUGAAGGCUUUGGAUAAGAAAUCAGCACAUGACAAGGAACUGGAGAAAGCAAAAAAUGAGGUUCAUGACCACCGCAAUCUUUACUUGGCAAAGGAGGGACUUAUUCUUGAGGGAACUACAGCUGCUGAAGGGGUUUCAGCCAGCGAUAUGUUAAAACGCCUAGAGUUGGAAAGGAAAAAGAAGACAAAGCUUCAAUCUCCCAAUUUUCAUGUUUCGAGAACUAGACUCAUUAUCUACAACUUACCUAAGUCAAUGAAUGAGAAAGAACUCAAGAAAUUUUGCAUUGAUGCAGUUGUCUCUAGAGCUACCAAGCAAAAACCUGUAAUUCGGCAGAUAAAGUUUUUGAAAAAUGAAAAGAAAGGAAAUGUUGCUCAGGAGCGCUAUUCACGGGGAGUUGCCUUUGUUGAAUUUUCGGAGCAUCAGCAUGCCCUUGUGGCUCUGAGAGUUCUUAACAAUAAUCCUGAAACUUUUGGUCCCGAACAUCGGCCGAUCGUGGAGUUUGCUCUUGAUAAUGUUCAAACACUUAAACUUCGGAAGGCAAAGCUACAAUCUCAGCAUCAGACUCCUCAAGUUGACAACAAUGCCAUGGAUAAUGACAACCCUGGCACAGUAGAAGGUUGCAAGCCUGUAAAGGACAGAAAACGAAAAUCUCGAGAGCAUGACGAACCAGCAAAGGAAUCAGUACUGAAUACAAAUGGUGAAUCGGGUGUUGCAGUGGCAAAUGGAAAAUCCCCACAAGGACACAAAUCCAAAAGACAAAAGGGCAACAAUAAGAGUAAAAAGGCACUGAAAGAAAAUCGAGAAGCAGCCUUGUCCAUGAAGCCAAAGAAUAACGAAAAUGGCCAUAACAAUGGUGGUGCAUCACUUGAAGGUCAAAACACUGCCACUGACUCUAAUAGAAGAAAAUCAGGGAAUAAAGAUGAUGUGGGGUUUAGAAAAAGAAAGAUGCAAAACCAAGAGCAAGAAGCUGGCCAAAAGGUUUUAAAGAAACGGCUUAAGAAGAAUAAAGGUUCAGUAGGGAAGGACGUAGUAGACAAGCUUGACAUGCUUGUAGAACAAUAUAAAUCCAAGUUCUCACACAAGGGUUCCCUAGAGAAUGAUGGAGAGAAAAGACAUUCAAAACAGCUUAGGAAAUGGUUCCAAUCAUAGUUUACUAUUUCUUGAUAUGAAUUUUGUUACUUAUAUUAUUUUUUGACUGCUUCCGAUAAUUUAAGCCAUGUGACUUUAUUGCUCCUUUUUUUUCUCUCCGACAAUAAUUUAAAAUUUAAGUGUUUAACAUUUUUCUGGCA